AUGCCUGCUAACGUAUUGCUCUAUUGGGCCACCGCUGGAUACGUCCAUGAUUCCAUCCCUGAUUCGAGAGAGGCAAUCAAAAGCAGGCCUCUCGAAGUAAACAACAUUCCCGUCGUGUUCGAGGACACAGAUGACAAGUCUUGGUUCACCGACGAGACCCUGGAAAAAUAUGAUGCCAUCGUCUUCUUGAACAACUCUGGGUAUGGUAUCCUCGAUGAUACGGGCAAAGCUGCUCUCCAGAAGUGGAUCAACUUGGGGGGCAACUUCGUAGGCAUACAUUGCGCAGCAGAUGCUUUACGCGACACGCCGUUCUUCGGAAGACAGCUUGGUGCAUACUUCCACUACCACCCUAAGAUCUCGGAGGCUACGGUCAAAGUUGUGGAUGCGAAUCAUCCCAGUACUAAGCCACUGCCAAAGAACGGCUCAUGGACCCUGGUAGAUGAAAUGUAA